GAUGGGCUCGCGAAGUUGCUGAAGACGAUUCGCGAGGUGGCGGCGGACUUGCCCGCCAAUCUUAAGGGGCGCCCGUGGACACUGGUUAUCGGGUAUGAUGAGUUUAGCCCUGGCGGCGUGUUCAGCGUCGGUGACAGCAGGAAGAGCGUGAACUUAUCGUUCACGCUCCUGGAGCUUAGGCUGCACAACCUUCGCAGUGUCAUCGCGUGGUUCACACCUGUGGUUGUUCGCCACAGCUGGUUCAAGCAGGUCCAGGGCGGCUGGGGCGCCAUGUUUGGCAAGUACCUGAAGUUGCGCCUGCUGUCUCCGACUGGCCUUGCGACGACGGGCGCCCCUAUUGCUGUCUUCGGCGCGGACAUUCUCACCUUCGCACGCAUCGGGUUCAUGAUCGCCGAUCUCGGUGGCCACCGCAUGUCGUUGAACAGCAACGGUGCCAACGGCUUCAGGCCGUGCUUGCGACAUUGCAACGUGCUCAAGAAAAACUCAGGCACGGCUGAGUCGGACCCGGCAAGCUUCGUUGAAAUUUCCGAUGUAGAUCCGACGCGGUUUCGACUGCGCACUUGCGCAGAUGUGUUCGUUGCUGCUGACUCUGCCAGCGCGGCGCACGCUCGGUGGACUGCAGGGGCAAUGACAACGGACCGCUUCGAGAAACUGCAAAUGACGUGCGGGCACAUGUUCGCGCCUCGCGGCGUCCCACUUGACCCUGGAUUGCGCCGCCGCGUGGACGUAGUGGACAGCGCUGUCAUCGAUCGGGUCCACGCGGCAUUGCGAGAUGGAGCAUGCGCCGCAGAAGCUGUCUUGCUGGCGCAGGCGCGCAGGGACGAGCUGGGCGUCAAAUUCGAGGCUCUCUGGGAGUACAUGGAGGACGGGUUGCUGUUCUUUGCAUGCGGGAGAGCGAAGUCGAUAGAGUUGCACAAGAUAUCCGACGAGCGCCGUUCCCCGAAGGAGGACGGGCAUUUCGUGGAGCUGCGCCUUCUCGACGUGGCGCUCGACAAGCAGGCGGCCUCGUUCCGAGCUGCGCGCGCGACGCUGGACUUGACGUGCGCGGCAGCGCAGGGGCGCACUGGCUCGCGCGAAGGGGCGGCGCAGUUGCGGCGAGCCCACGCCGAGCACCUUCGACUGCAUAGAGAGGCGCACGGCACAGCGGACGCCGUGCCGAAGCACCACGUGAUGUUUGACGCGGCCGACCAGUGGGGACGCGUGAUAGAUGCAUUUGUGGUCGAGCGGUUGCGCGUCGGGAUGAAGUAUAACAUGGGCCCGAUCGAGAACGCCAGGAAUUUUGAAGUGUCACGCUUGGCGUCUUUGAUUAAUGUUCACCUGAUGGCCUCGGAGGACCGCGUGUUCGGCGAUGGCCUCCUGAGGGAGACGUCGUUUCUUGAUGGGGCGCGGGUGCCAAUGGCAGAUCGAAUGUCUGUAUCUGGCCUUGCCAUCUAG